AAAUCUGCGAUGUUUCGUGGACAAAAGCGAAGGCACAGACUGCUCUUGGCAGAGAGUCUUAUUAACCGAAGAUAAGAACGAGGCAGAGAAAUUCCUGGUGGCGAAUGGCUAUACGUUCAAAUGGGAAGGCAAAACCCUAGUGUAUUGGAGCGAUGCCUCGCCAACUAUUACCCAUCCGCUAACGGGAAAAAAAUUUUGGUUCAAUCAAGUACAUAGUUGCCAUGCUUCCUACUUUAAAGCGAUGCCAAUGUACGAGGAAAGUGACUUGGCAGAUGAAAAAUAUCCAGCCCACACCAUUCAUGCGGAUGGGGAUAUCAUUGAUCCAGAUGACUUGGAUAAAGUAAGGCGUACGGGGUGGAGUACUGCAGUUGGAGUCUCAUUAGAGGAGAGUGAUGUAUUAUUUCUUGAUAACCUAGCUGUACUUCAUUCAAGAUUAAGCUUCGAUGGCGAGAGGAUUGUUACAACAGCAAAUUUGUAUUAA